AUGGAAAAACGGGUUCUUAUCGUCGCGGUUCUCGCAGCUCUCCUCUGUCUAGCGAGCUUCGCGCCGCGUGUGGCGGAAGCGGCAAUCGCGCGUCCGACGAAGGAGCAACUGAAGGCGGAGCUUGGGAAGCUGGCGGAGAGCGUGGCGAAGAAACGCCCACGAUACUCGAAUUUCACGAGCACCGUCAACAACUUUUUUGGCCUCGCAAUGAAUUCGAAGUAUGACCUAUCUGCUCUAGACAACGCCACCAUCCUCAUCCCCAUUAAUACCGAUUCAGAAGCCCUCUUUGAAAAGCUCCCCUUUAAAAGAUCCAACUUCCCCAAGUUCUACCAAAUCGCAGCUUUCCACAUCUUACGCAUAAAACGCUAUAUGCCACAGCUUAAAGUGCUGAAGCCAGGGGAGGCCGUGGCCCCCCUCAUGGACCUCCCUCUUGCAGCCCCCAUCCUGCAGGAACCCUUUCACCCUUCUCCGAUGGAGACCGAUCUGAUCCUCAGACCGUGCGCCUUUGACGCAGAAGUAGUUACCACUCUGGCCUGCCUCACCCCGCCCAUCCCCGUCAUCAGCCCCACCUAUCACCACGGCAGAUAG